AGUUUGCCCUCACUCACUCGCAGCCAGCAUGUCGGCCAGCAGGUUUGUCUGUCUUAUAUCUGUAGGCUUUGUUUUACAUCUAGCCACAGCGGCCAUCCCAGGGUUGAAUACUUGUGUGGUGGACACCGUGUCUGGCAAAGUUGAUAUUACCCCACUGGGGAACCAAGAUGGAGAUCCCAGGUUCAAGGACAUACCCGACCAGAACAGCUAUACCUAUUCAUGGAACCCAUGCUACGGAUUUACGGAGUCUGAGUCUUGCCAAAAUGUCGAGCUGUGUCAACAUGACAAGAGAAUGGACUACGCGCUCGGUUCCGACACAGUGGCCGAGUUCAUCCAGAAUACCACGCACCUGUUCUUGUCAUACACUACAUUCGCAGCCGUGGUCAGGAAGAGCUACAUCCAGCUGAUCUGCGAUGCCUCGGAGGAAGGAGUAUUUGCCGCUCAGGGAGAACUUCCUCAAGCUGUGUAUCACUUCACACUAAGGAGCAAGUACGCUUGUCCCAAGCCCAAGACGACGACCCCUUUAACGACACCUGCAGCAACGACCACAGCCGUGGCCCCUACGCCAUCACCACCACGACCAAUCUUCACCCUUAAGACAAUCACUAUACUCCUUGGAUGUAUCCUCGUGUGUAUCUGUAUCCUGAUAUUCAUGGUCUUCGUUGGGCUCUUGACAAGGCGGUCAGGUGAUGUCGCGGUAGCGUUUGACAAAAAGAAGAUGAAGUUCUAAUCAUAAAACAUGCUGUCCUCUGCUUGUUGACGAGGUCGAAACUUAUUGUAUUUGGAGAAUAAAUACUAUACAUGA